AUAAAAUGUGCGGACCUAUAAGGUUCGAAACAACGUGUAGUCCGGUAGCACUGUAACUGACCCUGUGUAUGGUGGAAUCGCUGUUGCUAGCAUUUAUUCGGCAGUCUGAUACAACUUUCUAUUUUACACCGCUUUUUUUUUAAAUAUUAAACAGAGAUUUAUUUGUACGUGGCAACAAGUGCAUCUCAAAUUGAUGCCAUCGCCCUGAUCUUGCCCGCAAUGCAACGAAGUUCAGCAAAGUAGAACUCGAGUGUGAGGACCGCGGGCCGAAUCCCUGUGCAUGAAGAAUCGUACUGGAAAUCAGCAGGACACGUCAGUUGUAAGAGAUUGUCAGGAAAAUGACUGAAGCUUUUCCCAGUGAUCCCAUUGGUCGACGUAUAAUUUGUGAUGGGGAAUAUGCAACAGUGCGCUAUGCUGGGACGGUGCCACCUACACCAGGCACAUGGCUUGGAGUAGAGUGGGACAACCCUUUGAGAGGAAAGCAUGAUGGAUCCCAUGAAGGAACAAGAUAUUUUACAUGCAGUCAUCCAUCAGGAGGAUCUUUUAUAAGGCCUAAGAAGGCAAGUUUUGGUAUCAAUUUCCUAACUGCCGUGACAAAGCGUUAUGGCUUAAAUGAUGAUUGGAAUGAAACGAUGGUGGUUGGGAAGAAGACAGUGGAACUUGUUGGAUUUGAAUCGGUUCAAGAGGAACAAAGUCAGUUGAACACAUUGUUUGACAUUUCCGUACGAGAAUGCAUGGUCAGUAGUGCUGGUCACAAAGGAGUGAUACAGAGUUCAUGUCCCAAUAUUUCUAUCUUAAAUUUAUCAAAUAAUCUACUGUCUUCCUGGGAAAAUGUAGCAGACAUUGCUUUUCAACUUCAGAAACUGAAAACUCUGGACCUCAGUGAGAACAGACUUUCUCUUCCAUCAAAUUCAUCUUCAUUGGCAAGUUCUUUUGGAACAUUGAAAGUCCUGUCCCUUAACCGGACAGGAGUAACAUGGAAUGAGGUUUUACAGUGUGCUGUUAUGUGGCCUGCACUUGAGGAGUUGUAUCUGACUUCAAACAACAUCACUAGUUUAAAAAGGCCUUUGAAUUGUCUUCAGUCUCUGACACUACUUGAUAUUUCAAACAAUCACAUUAUAGAUGGAAACCAACUUCAUGCAAUUUCAGAUUUACCAAGAUUACAGCACCUGAACAUUUCAAAUAACUUGAUUUCAUCAAUAAAAUUUAUUGCCCAUCAUGAUUGCUGCACUGAAAGUUUUGCUUCCUUAAGUAGCUUGUCAGUUAACGGCAAUAAUAUAUCACAGUGGUCUUUUAUUAAUGAGUUGAACAAACUCCGCAAUUUACAGUCUUUAAAUUGCCAGAAUAACCCACUAAUGGAUUCUGACAAGAACCCGGAAACUAUCCGACAGCUUGUAAUUGCAAAGAUAGCAAGGCUAAAAAAUUUAAACAGGACUGAGAUUCUUCCACAAGAAAGAAAGGGAGCUGAACUUGACUACAGAAAAAUGUUUGGGACUGAAUGGCUAAAAUCAGGUGGAAAUCGGAACGCUGACCUUAAUAACCCAACCAUGGAGUUUCUGACAGAACAUCCUCGAUACAGUGAACUUAUAGAAAAAUAUGGGGCACCAGAUGAUGCAGAAAUCAAGCAACCAGAGCCGUUUGCCUUGAAAAAUCAACUGCUUACUUUAACUAUUAUGUGCCCUGAAAAACCAGAUCAAAAGCCAAUAAAAAAGAAAUUACCUGAUUCUAUGACUGUCCAAAAGGUAAAGGGCUUACUUUAUCGUUUACUCAAGGUGCCAAGUUCAGAACUGAAAUUGUCAUAUGAAAGCUCCAAGAUGGAAGGCAAAGAAAUUCAACUAGAGAAUGACCUAAAGCCACUACAAUUUUACUCUAUGGAAAACGGAGAUUGUGUCUUGGUCAGAUGGUAAAAGAAGGAUGGAACAGUUGAUUCUAAACAUUGAAACCUCUGGCAUUGCUAAAUGUUUUCUAAAAGGAUUAUUAUGCUCCAGCAACCUACAGAUUUCACCCAAACUCCUUUGAGCUGCAUUGUAAAUUAUUUUUCUCUGCAUGUGAAUGGGAUGGCGGUAUUUGUGAUGUUUUAAAGUAAACUUCCAUGUAAA